AUGAAUCGAGAUGGCAUUAUUCAAAUAGUAGAAGAGUAUUACGGUGCGUUAUAUUCGUGCAAAGAAAUGGAACCUGAUUCGCCAAAUGCUGCAGAUCUGCUAGCAAGCUCAAUUGAACGUAUGGAUACUGAGUACAUACCACCCAUACUUGCAAACGAAAAGCAUCUUUCGAGGAUGGAGUUUAUGUUGAGAUGCUCCAGGCAGGAGGACUUACAGUACUCAAAUCACUUGCUAAACUCUUCAAUAAAGUGUUGA